UGUUACAGUCGCUCACAUGCAGCAACCAGCCUUCUGACAUUCUCGGCCCGAAAUAAAGAGCAACGGUGUCCACACGAUCCCUCUCUGCACGCCAGUAGGGGAGACUUUUGCCAGCAUUAACGUAAGGUAGUUUGUGAUCGCUCAUGAUGAGGAUAGCUGUGAUUGGUCAGAGUGUUUUUGGCCUGGAGGUGUACAAGGAGUUGAGGAAGGAGGGCCACACCAUCGUUGGAGUGUUCACUAUACCUGACAAGGAUGGCAAAGCCGACCCUCUAGGCGCGGAGGCUGAGAAGGAUGGCGUGAACGUCUUCAAGUUCCCACGCUGGCGCCUGAAGGGGAAAGGCAUCCCGGAGGUGGUGCAGGUCUACAAGGCCACGGGGGCCGAGCUCAACGUCAUGCCCUUCUGCUCCCAAUUCAUCCCCAUGGAGGUCAUCGACCACCCGGCCCACGGUUCCAUCAUCUACCACCCCUCCCUGCUGCCCCGACACAGGGGGGCCUCCGCCAUCAACUGGACCUUGAUCCACGGGGACAAGAAAGGUGGGUUCACAGUGUUCUGGGCGGAUGACGGACUGGACACUGGACCAAUCCUGCUGCAGAGGGAGUGUGAUGUGGAGCCUGAGGACACUGUCAACACCAUCUACAAGAGGUUCCUCUUCCCUGAGGGAGUGAAAGGCACAGUGGAUGCAGUGAGGCUGAUCGCAGCAGGGAAUGCCCCAAAGAUCGUCCAGCCAGAGGAGGGAGCCACCUAUGAGGGGAUUCAGAAGAAAGACAAUGCCAAGAUUGACUGGAACCAGUCUGCACAGGCCCUACACAACUGGAUCAGAGGAAAUGACAAAGUGCCUGGAGCCUGGGCAGAGGUUGAUGGACAGAAGGUGACGUUCUACGGUUCUUCUCUGCUAGACAGUGGUGCCACUGCUAUUGGGCAGCCCCUGGAGAUCCCUGGUGCCAGUCAACCUGGUCUGGUCGCUAAGGCGGGCCUGAUGCUGUUUGGCAACGACGGCAAAACGUUGCUAGUGAAGAACCUGCAGUUUGAGGAUGGGAAGAUGAUCGCAGCGGCAAGGUACUUCAGCUCCGGGAGCUGCGCUUCUGUGGAGCUCACUGAGGAGGAGAAGGCCUUCGCUGAGCAAAUGAGGGGUGUGUGGAAGAGCAUCCUGACUAACGUGGAUGCCAUCGAGGACUCCACUGACUUCUUCAAGUCUGGGGCUGCUUCUAUGGACGUGGUCAGGCUGGUGGAGGAGGUGAAGCUGAGGGCCAGUGGGUGUCAGCUGCAGAAUGAGGAUGUGUACAUGAACACCACCUUCCAGGACUUCAUCCAGAUGUGUGUGAGGAAGCUCCGAGGGGAGGACGACGAGGAGGAGCUGGUCGUUGACUACGUGGAGAAGAACAUCAACAACAUGACCAUCCGGAUGCCCCACCAGCUCUUCAUCAACGGGGAGUUUGUGGACGCAGAGGGAGGGAAGACCUACAAGACCAUCAACCCCACAGAUGGAACAGCUAUUUGUGAUGUGUCUUUAGCUCAAUCCAGUGACGUGGACCGAGCUGUAGCGGCCGCCAAGGAGGCGUUCGAGGAGGGAGAGUGGGGAAAGAUAAAUCCCAGAGACAGAGGCAGACUCCUAUAUAAGCUAGCUGACCUGAUGGAGGAGCACCAAGAGGAGUUAGCCACUAUAGAGUCCAUGGACUCUGGGGCCGUAUACACACUGGCCUUGAAGACCCAUGUGGGCAUGUCCAUCCAGACCUUCCGCUACUUCGCUGGCUGGUGUGACAAGAUCCAGGGCUGCACCAUCCCCAUCAACCAGGCCCGACCCAAUCGCAACCUUACCUUCACCAAGAAAGAACCAAUCGGAGUGUGUGCUAUCGUAAUUCCCUGGAACUACCCUCUCAUGAUGUUGGCCUGGAAAACAGCUGCCUGUCUGGCUGCUGGUAACACUGUGGUCCUCAAACCUGCCCAAGUGACUCCACUGACAGCAGUGAAGUUUGCUGAAUUGGCUGCGAGGGCAGGAUUCCCCAAGGGAGUGAUCAACAUCCUCCCUGGAUCAGGUGCUCUGGUGGGCCAGCGUCUGUCCGACCACCCGGACGUCCGGAAGCUUGGCUUUACUGGCUCCACUGAGAUAGGGAAACACAUCAUGAAGAGCUGUGCAGUCAGUAAUGUGAAGAAGGUGUCCCUAGAACUGGGGGGUAAAUCUCCACUCAUCAUCUUUAGUGACUGUGACAUGGACAAGGCCGUUCGCAUGGGAAUGAGCGCUGUAUUCUUCAACAAGGGAGAGAACUGCAUUGCAGCAGGCAGACUCUUUGUGGAAGAGAACAUCCAUGACCAGUAUGUCAAGAGAGUGGUGGAGGAGGUUAAGAAGAUGAAGAUCGGAGAUCCUCUGGACCGCUCCACAGACCACGGACCCCAGAACCACAAGGCCCACAUGGACAAGCUGGUGGAGUACUGCCAGACAGGCGUGAGGGAAGGCGCCACUCUGGUGUAUGGGGGAAAACAGGUCUCCCGCCCAGGAUUCUUCUUUGAGCCCACCAUCUUCACCGAUGUCCAGGACCACAUGUUCAUUGCUAUAGAGGAGUCGUUUGGCCCCGUCAUGAUCCUCUCCAAGUUCAAGAGCGGGGAUGUGGACGAGGUUCUGCGGAGGGCCAAUGCCACUGAGUAUGGCCUGGCAUCAGGAGUGUUCACCCGUGACAUCAGCAAGGCGCUGUAUGUCAGCGAGAAGCUCAACGCCGGCACCGUCUUUGUCAACACCUACAACAAGACGGACGUGGCUGCUCCCUUCGGCGGCUUCAAGCAGUCCGGCUUUGGCAAAGACCUGGGACAAGAGGCUCUUAACGAAUACCUGAAGACCAAGGCUGUCACUGUAGAGUACUAAAUAUACAGCUCUGU